CUUUCCGAGGGGCUCGUGAAGGCAGCACCAGUCUCCGGGAUCCUGGGUGUGUGCCGCCAGUGGAGCUCAGACACUGAGAGAGAAAACACCAGCCACCUCUCAACGCGCCUGUCAUCUGUCACCGCGCUCGAAAACUUCGAGUCCUCCUGCGCCGGACGCGCCGAGAAUGGGAAACUACCCGAGCUAGUUUCAGAAGAGGACACACACACACACACACACACACACCCAGGGGGGAGGGAGGAACUGUGACUCCGCUAAAACUACCAGGUCGAGUCCCCCGUCACCCGCCGCCGCAGCAGCAGCACGGCCGAGAUGCAGACCUUCCUGAAAGGACGGAGAGUCGGCUACUGGCUCAGCGAGAAGAAGAUGAAGAAGCUGAACUUCCAGGCCUUCGCGGAGCUGUGCAGGAAAAGAGGAAUAGAAGUUGUUCAGCUGGAUCUCAGCCAGCCUCUGGAGGAGCAGGGUCCGCUGGAUGUCAUCAUCCACAAACUGACUGACCUCAUCCUGGAGGCUGACCAGAACGAUUCACAGGCCGUGCUGCUCGUUCAAAGAGUACAGGACUACAUUGAUGCCCACCCUGAGACCAUCGUACUGGAUCCACUUCCAGCCAUCCGAACUCUGCUGGACCGCUGCAAGUCCUACCAGCUCAUUCACAGGAUAGAGAGCUGUAUGCAAGAUAAGAGGAUUUGCUCUCCUCCAUUCAUGGUCUUGAACACUGAGUGCAGCCCAGAUGUGCUGGAGCAGAUCAGGAGGCAGGGACUCACAUUCCCCUUCAUUUGCAAAACACGGGUGGCUCACGGCACCAACUCCCACGAGAUGGCCAUCAUCUUCAGUGAAGACGACCUGAAGGACGUAAAGCCUCCGUGUGUGAUCCAGAGCUUCAUCAACCACAACGCGGUGCUCUACAAGGUGUUUGUGGUGGGAGACUCCUACACUGUGGUGGAGAGACCUUCGCUGAUGAACUUCCCUGCUGGGCCAGCAGACAGGAAAGCCAUUUUCUUCAACAGCCACAAUGUUUCCAAGCCGGAGUCAUCCUCAGACUUGAACUCGAGAGAGAACGUAGAGGGAGUGUCCCAGCCACCCAGUGACGAUGUCAUCAGAGAGCUGUCUAGGUCCUUGCGGGAGGCGCUGGGCGUGUCCCUGUUUGGCAUCGACGUCAUUAUCAACAACCAAACGGCCCAACACGCCGUCAUCGACAUUAAUGCAUUCCCUGGUUAUGAGGGCGUCCCAGAGUUUUUCAACGACCUCCUGAACCACAUCAGCAGCGUGCUCCAGAGCCACAGCCCCGACUUCGCCCCCACCGGCGAGCAGCCCAAAGGCCUGCCGGUGAGCACCACGGUACCCAGCGCAGUUGCGCCGGCCCCCGGCUGCUGCGGCAUGCUUGGUAAAGAUGCCAGCGGCAGCCCCUGGAUUGUAGAGGGCGACGGAGGCCUGAAGGGCGCGCGCCAGAGACUGGGCUGCAACUCAGCCAUGUCCCCUAACUUCCAGCAGCACUGUGUCUCCACGAUAGCUACCAAGGCUUCCUCCCAGUGACUGACCCACCCCACUCCGUUUGAUCCCUAAACAGACAAACGGAUGACAAUGGUGACAAUAAUAAUGAAUAAUAAUCAUAAUAAUUAUGAUGUUAAUGAUGAUAAUAUAUCUAAUCAAACAACAAACCUUUUUUCCUAUAUAGUUAUUGCAAAUGAUGGUUAUUGGCUGUAAACCUUUUUCUCUCUGCCUUUUUUUUAGUAUUUUUCGUUUGGUCUAACGAGACUUAACAGUACUGUAAUGUGAACUUUUGGGAACUCCUGCGUUUUGUGUUUCUCUCUCUCUCUCUCGUUUGAGUUCUCCGUAAUGAAAAGGGUCCAGAUGAGGUAGCUAAUGGGAAAAUGGCCGAAUCAGGAUGUGCCACUAAAAUGUGCAAUGUAUGAUCCCUGGUGUCUCACGUGUAGACACUCACACUCACACACACAAACACACACACACACACAACCCGGUACACUCACGCUGCGACGGGCCAUGCCAGUGACGUGUUUUUUUGUUCUGGUCAACACACGCUGACCCCUCUGCACCAAGUGAGGGCAGGAAGAGGUGACCGGGCAUUUGAACACUUACAGAUCCUGACGUCAGAGAACACGAUGAGUCUGAAUACGAAUGACAGGUUUUGUUUGACUGAAGAAACAGUUAAGCCAUUAACCUUUUCACAGUGCCAUCAAAUUUACUUUGAAGUGUGGAGACUUGCACUCCUUCAUAAAACAUUAUUUAUAAUGGUUGAAAAGAAAAACUCAAUCUCCAAUUCUGCGUGACCAAGAUAUAUAUAUAUAUUUUUUAAUGAUUGUCAUCAUUGGGUUUUACUGUACGUCCGAUCGUAGGUGUUCGGUGUCCAUCAAACAAACAACGUCCUUGUUCUGUGUCCCAGUCUGAGUCGCUCCGGUGCCCGGAGACGAGCGUCACAUUCCUUCUUGUUUUGUUGAUAUAUUCCAUGAUUUCUUCCAAAUUCCAGUGGGAUCUUGUGAGAUGUCUCACAUCGCCUCACGCUUUGGCAUCGCGUCGUCAGCGCCUUUAUCUGUAAAACUGAGCAAACUGCUCGACCUAUCGACGGUCCUGCCGUCACUUCUCAUCCGCUUUUAGGAAAUCAAUUACUCCAGCAAAGUUCAAAUCAAAUACUUGCGGAAAUUGUUCAGCUUUGACUCAAUUUUAAUCACAGUCCAACAGCACUUACUACAAAGUCCACUUCAAUGAAUCCCUAAGUCCAGUCGGUUCACACUCCGACAUGUCUUCUGUCCCAGCUGCUGUAUUUGUGUCUCGUGUUGAAAUCAUUUGGAGGGGGAAGUGGUGGGAGGUCCAGCUCUUGUUCCCAGUGUUCACUGUGAGAUUUUCUUUUUUUUUUUAACUUCAACUUUGUUAAUAUCUAUGUCCUUACAUCUACUAAGAGCAACUUUAUUUUAUUGAGAUUUUAUGGGGGGGAAAAAUGUUUUAUAUAAAUUAAAUGAAAGCAUGUGAUGUUUCUGAACAAACAGUGGAGAGAUUUUACUAGUAAGAAUAGUAAAGUGCUGGAUCUGCUCGUCAAAGGGACGGAGGAGAGGAGCUCGCGGGUGAUGCCGUCGCCUCCCUCUAGCAUCUAGUGGGAGCAGCCGUCAUCCUUCAGUGUGUAGAUUCCUGCUUCCUCUUCUCUUGUCCCAGAGAGCUCCUCCUCGCUGUUUCAUUUCUUUCCCAUUGGUAUCCUAGGAGAACUGACAGUCCUCGCGCUCGUGAUCAUAAAUAAUAAGUGUCCCUGCACCAGCAUCUCUCUGGGUCAACAGAUCACCAGUGACAUUUCUGGAGAUUGGUGAGGCCUCAUCUUGUGAGAUAACAGUCAAGUGUCCUGUUUGAAUUCCCCCAUGAUUUGAGUGUAUACCAAGAUUCAAACUGUUGAGGUAUUGCCACAGGUUCAGGGGGAAGUUUCACAUCCCUUUCCUCUGGUCUCGGGUGUUUCAUCACCAAGAAAUGGCGGCGAAGUAGAGGGUGCGUUCCCGUUCAGAUUGGAAAGGCUGAUGUCCCCGUACACCACUAUGCCGUGUUCUACCUUGUGUUCCUAAGUGUGCUAAGUGGGAAAUAAAUCGUAGUUAUGGUUAAUCCUAUCCUUGAUUAUUUCUGCAAACAGACGUCUCAUCCUGCUCCCGAUCACCACCUGAAUGUUUACUUCUUGGGUGUCUUGUACAGUACGUGUAUAUAUGCCGAGGCUUACAUCCGUACAGUAUGUUGUUUUGUAUCAGUUCUGUAAUUGAGGAAUCCACAAUUUUGUGACCUUUUUUUAAUUAAAUGGCCAAAACCGAGGGGGGAAAAAUAAACAUAUGAAACCUUG